AUGGCUGGGAUUCAAGGAAAAUGGAGGGCUUUUAGACCUUUGCUUACAGUUGUAUGGAGCUUUCUGUUGGCUUCAAUAUUUGUUUCUGCUGAAAGAAGAAGCUCAAAGCAGAAAUUUUUAUCAAAUAAUGCAAAUGGGUUUUCACAUUCUGAUUCUUAUUCAGAUGUUUUAACAAAUUGUCUGAAUUUUAUAUGGCAAGCCAACAAAUCUGGGUACCAGCACGUUUGGCCGGAUCUGAAAUUCAACUGGCAAAUUGUUGUUGGUAGCAUAAUUGGAUUUCUUGGAGCAUCUUUCGGAAGUGUUGGUGGCGUUGGCGGCGGUGGGAUAUAUGUUCCCAUGCUUACUCUGAUUAUUGGAUUUGAUCCCAAAUCAGCGACUGCUAUCUCAAAAUGUAUGAUCAUGGGAGCUGCAGUCUCGACUGUUUACUAUAAUCUUAAGCUCAGGCAUCCGACAAUCGACAUGCCAAUUAUUGACUAUGAUUUGGCAGUUCUUAUCCAACCUAUGCUUAUGCUAGGCAUUAGCAUUGGAGUUGCAUUCAAUGUGAUAUUUGCCGAUUGGAUGGUCACAGUUCUUUUAAUCGUUCUCUUUAUAGGCACAUCAACCAAGACCUUUUUCAAAGGAGUUGAAACAUGGAAGAAAGAAACUAUCGUGAAAAAGGAGGCUGCAAAGCGAUUGGAGACAAAUGGCAAUGAUACCGAAGAAGCAGAGUACAAGCUUCUUCCUGGAGGCCCAAGCAAUGACAUGGAAAAUGAGGCCAAAGGCUUGGCAGAGCCCAAGGUCGGUAUCCUCGAGAACGUUUGUUGGAAGGAACUUGGGCUUCUUGUCUUCGUUUGGAUUGCAUUUCUUGCACUGCAGAUUUUAAAGAACUAUACAGCUACAUGUUCAGCAAUAUACUGGGUGGUGAACUUGCUGCAGAUCCCCAUCUCUCUUGGCGUAUCUGGCUACGAAUCGAUUUCCCUGUACAAGGGAUGGAGAAAAAUUGCAUCUAAGGGAGAUGACGGCUCCAACUUGAAAGUGCGCCAAUUGAUAACUUAUUGCUUGUUUGGUGUACUGGCUGGUAUUGUAGGGGGUCUACUUGGUCUAGGAGGUGGAUUUAUCAUGGGUCCACUAUUUUUGGAGUUAGACGUUCCACCUCAGGUUUCAAGUGCGACAGCCACCUUUGCUAUGAUGUUUUCCUCAUCAAUGUCCGUGGUUGAAUAUUACCUUCUAAAACGUUUUCCAGUUCCAUAUGCUCUGUAUUUGGUUGCUGUUGCCACUGUUGCUGCAUUUAUUGGCCAACACGUUGUGGGGAAGGUGAUUAUUUUGAUGGGAAGGGCGUCGAUAAUCAUCUUUAUUCUGGCAUUCACAAUCUUUGUGAGUGCCAUCUCUCUAGGUGGAGUUGGCAUUUCAAACAUGAUUGGAAAGAUUGAAAGGCAUGAAUACAUGGGAUUUGAGAACCUUUGCAAGUAUGGAGUUUAA